AUGGCAACCCGCGAAGGUGUUGCGGGGGCUCGGGCGGAGAGUCCGAAAAUAGGUGUGCGACAGGGAUUUGGCGUUCAGGAGUCCCCCGACGGGUCCAAAUAUGAAGGCGUUUUUCUUGAUGGUCUCAAACACGGCAUGGGGAGAUACACCUGGAACAGUGGAGAGUUCUAUGAGGGCUCUUUCUACAAAGACUACAGACAUGGUGAUGGAAUGUACUAUUGGCCGUCAGGCAACAAAUUCAUUGGCAAAUUCUACCUCAACUGGAGAGAAGGAUAUGGGAAACAUUUAUUUCCUGAUGGUGCCACUUUUAAGGGUUUGUACCAUGCCGACCAGAGGUUUGGUCCAGGUGUGCUGAGUGAGCCUUCAGGACAUCAGGAUGUGGGUAUUUGGGAUGGGAAAUAUCUGAUACAACUAUGUAACACUGUAGAAAACAGCUUCAGUCUGAAAAACAUUCCUGCAUAUGUGGACUACUUGGAGCAAACUACUACCUCAAGUCAGCCUCCUCAUACAGUUAUCGCUGACCUUCCGGAACUUGCCAGGACUGAUUCUGAGGUAGCCCAACGUAACAAUUUGUUAUAUGAUGCCAGUGCGAUUCUCCCUUCCGGAAUUGAACAUUAUUCUACGGAUGGUGACCACCUACCAUUGGCCCCAGAGAAAAGAAGAGAGUUGGACCAACAUUUUUAUGGUCAGCUGUGGGAGCCUGAUGAUCACCCAUACCAAGGCUACAAAAGAGAACCACUGUCCUCUCUGCCCUUAAAAACGCAAAUGCUGGCUCACAUUUACAAACACAGACGACUGGCAGAAAACUUGGACUGGGACGUUGAAGCAGUUCUUUCAUUAAAAAGGGACAGAUUUGGUGAUAAGGGGCCUUUGGAAGUCACAUCAGAACUGUUGAUCCAGCAGGCUGCCAGAGGGGAACGACAAGAUGUUUUAAAGAUUCUUAUGGAUGGCCUCGUUCACCCUGAUGUAGCAGAUUCACACGGACAUACUGCACUUAUUGCUGCUACAGUAAAUUGCCGAAAUGAUGUCAUUCACCUGUUGUUGGAUAUGGGUGCUGAAAUUGAUAAGUUGAAUUAUGAGGGCAUGUCAGCCUUGUCUGUAUGUCAUAUCCUCUAUUAUCCUUUUAAGUCUUUGUACAAGUUUGGUGAAUCUCCAACAAAAUCUCAGGACAUCACUGGUGAGUUGGCUAUUGGGGAAAAUCAAUCCAGCGGUAAUCAAAGGAGUGCACCACUUGCAGAAGGCUCAAUUCAGCAGGAUGGUGACAAAGCCCUGACUCCAGCACAAACAUUUGCCUCCUCCUGUUCCAUGUAUAGCUAUAACAUAGAAGUCACAGAGGAAGUUUUGCAGGCUGCAGUUGAAGCUCUGAGUCGCACUGGGUUUACUCAGGAGUUUGAUACUCAGGAGACUGCACGCAUUUUGGCUGCAGUGAAGUUUAAGCACCGGGCUCGUUUGACUACACUAUAUCUUCUAUUGGAUCGAGGCGCAGACCCCAAUAUAUGCAGAGUACCCUUGCCUGUCCUUUUUCUGGCCAUUAUGGCGGGAGAUACUGAGACUGUCAGGAGACUUCUAAUUUGUGGAGCUCACACUGGUAUUCCUCUCCCAGAUGAGAUGAAAGGACUUUAUCCUCUGCACAUGGCUACAGCACUGCCAGGCCCAGAAGGUCCCAAAAUCAUAGAACUGCUCUUGCAUGCAUUAUCUGAUCCAGAUGCACAGGCUGGCGACCGGGAUGAGAUUUACCAACUGGAUAUGGGUUCCAUGAUGGUAAAAAAAAGGUGGACCAAGAAUUCAUGUCUCGAAGAAGGAGGUCGAACUCCUCUGCAUGUGGCCUGCCAGAGACACACUGAUCACUGUAAUGCCACCAAGGUGGUAUCCAUAUUGCUCUCCCACAGAGCGAGGACAGACCUCCUUUGGAGUGGACACUCACCUCUUUCCUUAGCAAUAUCAAGUGGCAAUGGCAUGGCAGUGGAAGAGCUCCUGAAAGGAGGUGCAGAUCCCAACAUUCCCUUGAGUCGAGGAGUGGGCAGUGCUCUUUGUGCAGUCAGUAAUUUCAGCUAUGAUUUGGAUGACCAAAGAGUAAAACUGUUGGACAUAUUAGAAAAGACUGGUGCUGACAUGUUGAUGACAGUUGAGGUUGGUGACAUCAAGGGGACUGCAGUUGAUUAUGCACACUACUCUUUUAACCAGGACAUGCGUAUUGCCAGUACACCCUUCCAUACUCUCAAUAUGGAGGAGAGAGAAACAUUCAAAACACGGCGCCACCUACUUGGCGUAAUGGGAGAUCUGUUGAGACAGACUGCUAUUCAGAGAGAGAAAGACCAAAUUCAGACAGAAAAGCACCUUUUACAGAAUAAUGUUUUCCCCACAAGUGAUGGUGCAACUGUUUCGAAUGAAAACAAAGCUCCCAUGGCAAUAAAACAAAGGAAACCAUUUAAGUUCUGCUACCAUUGUGGCCGCUCUGCAGCUGUGACACUAACUGCCUGUUCCCGUUGCCAUAAGGUUCUUUACUGCUCAACACACUGUAAACUAAAAGCAUGGAAUAAGGGACACAAGGAGGAGUGUGUGCGAGACACUGUGGAAUAGACUUUGGCAACACC